GAGACUGCCUGCCAUCCUCCGGUACCGGACAGGAAGGAGAAGAGUCGACCGAGCGAGGUCGAGCGGGGCCGAGCGAGGCUGAGCGUUUCCUGGAGCUGUCCCCUGCAGAGGGGAGAGAGAUGGCUGACCCUGAGAGCCGGUGGUCACAGAGUGGCAGGAAGAUCAAAAUGGAAGGACCGUCUGAUGUUGCCUCUAUUUCAACUAAACUUCAGAACACUCUGAUCCAGUAUCACAGCAUUGAAGACGAUCACUGGCGAGUUGCCAAGAAAGUGAAAGAUGUAACAGUUUGGAGGAAGCCCUCAGAAGAGUUUAAUGGGUAUCUGUAUAAAGCUCAAGGAGUUAUGGAUGACGUGGUCAAUAAUGUAAUAGAUCACAUACGCCCAGGGCCCUGGCGCUUGGACUGGGACCGGUUAAUGACUUCACUGGAUAUUUUGGAGCAUUUUGAGGAGAAUUGUUGUGUGAUGCGUUACACCACUGCUGGGCAGCUUUUAAAUAUUAUUUCCCCAAGAGAAUUUGUUGAUUUCUCCUAUACUGUGGGCUAUGAAGAAGGACUUUUAUCCUGCGGGGUAAGUGUUGAAUGGAGUGAGACGAGACCAGAGUUUGUCCGUGGCUAUAACCAUCCCUGCGGCUGGUUCUGUGUUCCACUCAAAGACAAUCCCAACCAGAGUCUUCUGACAGGCUAUAUUCAGACAGACCUGCGUGGCAUGAUCCCUCAGUCUGCAGUAGACACAGCAAUGGCAAGCACAUUGGCCAACUUCUACAGUGAUUUGCGAAGAGCUUUACAAAAGGCAUAAUGUGUCCAACUCAUAGUGCUUUGGUUUGCUGACUCUGCUCUUGCCCUCAGCUACAUGACCUGUAGAAGGCAUCAGUUCCUGCCUGCUGCGGCAGCCUAUGGAAACUUUGGAGGUGUUAUAGGGGCCAGAGUACAAUCUUAUUUUCUAUUAAAAGUAAAUAGCUAUGUAAAUAGGGCAUUUAGAAUUUCUUAAAAGUUUUAUUUGCACCUUGUUUGGUUGUGAAAGUGUGUCUGUGAAUGGAAAGGAUGAAAUGCCAAGAUUUAGGUACAGGCUAAGUGUAGUCUGUUCACACGGGUCAAAUAGUACCUUGGGAGGAAGCUUUUGGCUGCUUAAAAAUUACAAAGUGUGCAAACUCAAUGCUAUUCAUAUUAUUUUGGAGCUUUUUGGACAUUUUGUAGAAUUGCAAUGGUUCCUGAUGUAAAUGUUCAUUUCUCUUGCUGUGCUCUGUGAGUUUGCCAAUAGCUUGGACAAAAGGGAAAAGUCCUCCUUAGUCUGUAAAGAUGAAGGCCACUAUGCAUUGACUUGUGCAAUGUUAAACAUUAGAAAGACCACAGGUGACAAGAAUGGCCAUUCUUGUAACCAUAGGUACAAGUCAAUAGCAUUUUGUUUUGAUACCUAGGUAAUGUUCUUCUGCAAAGUUUGUAAAACUUUGUAAAGACACAGACUUGUGUCCUUAUGUGCAUUUGUUCUGGGAGUGACUGGAAAUAGCCAGGUAUGCACUGGUGACAUCACACUGAGCAGUAGCUGUCACUGGAGAAACCACCUAGUGCUGUCCCUGUCACCAGCAAACAGUCAGUACUAAAAAGUCAGAUUCAAUGACUGUUCUAUACAUACUUCAACUUGAAGCUACAAAGUGCAUGCUAAAAAAUUCACAGUGUUGAUGUAAUCUGAAAUCAUAGCAGAAGCAUCACUAGAUCAGCUAGGUGUUUAGAUGUCCUGGUAUGACCAGAAUGAAGUGUGAAUGGAGCUGUCUUAUGUGAACAUUCCUUCAUGGCUAGGACAUUCCAAAUCAUUCUUUGACUUUUGAAUAUCAACCUAGUUUAUUUGUAAAAUGGACAUCUGCGGUGACUCAGUGUCCACACCGUUCUGUGUUUGUGUGAAUAUGCAACACUGAGUUCCGUAUGUGUUACUACUUGUGCUACUCACUGGCCUUCCUUCUCAUCAGCUUAGCCCUCCGGACCUCCCACUGCAAGUAAAACAACCCUCGUGGAAAUGUUUUCAUUGCCAUUGUGAGUUUCACUGUGGGUUCAGAAGUUACAUGUGAGCUGUCUGAAACUUACGUUCAUUAAUGUAGAGUUCGCGUAAUCUACAGUUUACCUGUGGUAAAAAUUUGAGUGUUCUUAAAAAAAUAUUUUGAAGAGUUGUGCAGCCAUCACCGCUAUGCAGUUUAGAACGUUUCUGUCGCCCCCCCAAAGAUCCCUUUUUUCCUGUGUACACUGUGUAUAGUCAUCUAACCAGCAUUUAUCCCAGUUGCCAGUCAGUAUAGCGAGUGGAUAAGAAAGAUGACAUCAGAGCUUGCUGGGUUUUACUUCUGAGAGUAGAGGUGUGUGUGUGCAUUUGCGUGUGGGUGUGAAUUUAAGCUCAGGAACAUUUAUAUGUUUUAAGUGUGUUAUCUUGAGUAUUAUAAAAAUGAGUGAAAUGAGGAUGAUACUUGGGAUAGUUGGAUCUGCUGCUUCUGGAGCAGUCCUAUUACAGGAAAAUAAUACAAGCCAUAUAUGUAACUUAAGUAUCCUAGCAGAUACUUAAUAUAAGUAUCUAAGUAUAUAAGUAUCCUAGCAGAGGCUGCAGAGAUGUCAGUACUGAAAGACCAUUUGCUGCUCUUGCAGAAGCACCCACGGGGUAGGGGUUGGGGCUUAUAGCUGUCCAUAGCUCCAGUUCUGGAGGAUCUUGCACCCUCUGGCCUCUGCAGACACAAGGCAUGUACAUAGUGCAUACAUGCACACAUACAUAGAAAAAAUAUGCAGCUGAAACUCAUUGUAGCAAUGUUUUCUUUAACUCUAUAUCCAAAGUAUUUCAGUACACAGCUGAUGUAAAAGGUAUUGAGAUACCUCACAGUGUCUGUUAACUCUUUGAACAGGGUGGGUAUUUUACCACUGUGGACUCAGCAUACUUCAAGCACUCAUUUUCCACACGAGGCCUGCAGCUGUUACAAUGAGUCACACAAGCCUACACAGUUCCUUUCAGUUACCUUGCUGUAAGACGAAGUGGACACCUCACGAAUUGCUUCCUUCAACAGAACCUUUUAUAGCUGAGCACUUUCAGUUCCUGCUGCAGAAGAUGUCUACUUUAGAAAUGUACAUACAAAAAUUACUGGUUCCCAGCAAAUUAAAAAUUAUUGCCUCAAAAUUAUUUUCACUAAAAGUAAUUUUUGAUAGGACAGUGAAGGAAAAGUAUAACCUAUCACAUUCCUGUGUGGCUGAGCAUUUCCUGUAGCUUACAGUUUGCUAAGGAAAUGUAUGUCACACUCUGGAAAUACGUACCAUAGUGUUCUGUUCAGGAGACACUGCUCUUUUAAGAUGAAAUUAGUUUCAUAUAAGUGGCAUUUUGGUAGGAAAUACUGGUUUUUGUUUAAAGAAAAAAGUCUUGAUUACUCUUCAAUGAUUAAAGCAAUACUCAGCAAAAAUAGUAGUAGUAUUCUUAGUCUUCUGUGCUAUAAACCCCUGGGGUAUUAUAAACAUCAGGAUUUCUUUCCUGUUCCAUGCACACAAUGGGUGUAUUUGAAACGGGGUUUCCAAGUGUAAAACUAUGUCCUAGUUAACAGAAUGUUUCCUCUUCAUCUACCUGUCUUUUCUACUUGAGGAUCAUUUGACUAGUAUUUAGUGAACUAAGCUAAUGUCUCAAGGUAAGACUGUAGCUUUAUCUGGAGAAGCAGAGGAAACAUGCCAGCCUUUGUCCCUCGUCUCGAACUGUUGGGUCUGAGAAAUCCCCUUUGCUGUGAAUGGCAGCUUUGUGUGUGUGUGAAAGCACAGUAGCCUCUUGAGGACCAGAUGCUAAGCUCAAUGGCUGUUGUAGCUUUCUGAACCCAAAAGAGAAGCUACCAGAACCAGAGAAGCUCAUGGAAAUCUGGAUUUGAUAAGGACUCCUUUAAAACUUACAUGGAUCCUUGACCAGGCCCUUCCACCCUUCCUUCUUUUCCUGUGGUACCGAGGCCUAGUGCAUGCUGGGACUGAGCUACACUUCUGGCCUCACGGUGAGCACACUAUAGGGUGGUGAAAUCUGACCAUAGAAGAAGCCUGAGCUCCUUCUACAGUGCGGGACUGGAAUUACAGUUUCAUUGUCAUUUCCAGGGAUUCUACAAGUACUGCUGUGUCCUAAAAUUCAUCAAAUGACGAUUAUAUUAUACUAAGAUCAUUUUGAGGAAGUCUAUCAUUUUAUGAAUCUGUAUAUGGAAUUAGAAUAAAGGACUGCUGAUAUAAAUGAGAUGUAUAUUUUUUAAAUUACAGUCGAGUAUCUGAAUAAAGAUUUCUAGACAAUCUUG